CCGUCGGGGACGCACGGCGAGAGGGAUGGACGCGCCUGCUCUGGGAUUUGGCGGAUUUUAUGAAGAAUUGAUGGGCUGAUCAACACUUUGAAACCACAGCAAAGGGGGCGUAGGAACUGAAGUGCUCAUCCUCAGGGAACAGACAUGGUGCGCAAACUUAUGCUGCACAUCGCUUUAGCUGCGAGCCUCCUCUCACCUGAGCUGUCAAGUGCCACAGCGACUAAAACAAAAGCUCAAGUAAAAAACAACUCAGGUGUGACACCAGCUGGGCAGUGUGGGACCUGGGUAAAGGAGCCUGAUGGAGGGUAUUUCACCUCACCCAACUACCCUGAGAAAUAUCCACCGGAGAGGGAAUGCAUCUACAUUAUAGAAGCCUCUCCCCGGCAGUGCAUCGACCUGUUCUUUGAUGAGAAGUACUCCAUCGAGCCAUCCUGGGAAUGCAAGUUUGACCACAUUGAAGUCCGCGACGGUCCCUUUGGUUUCUCUCCCAUAAUCGGUCGCUACUGCGGGCAGGAAAGCCCGUCAUACGUCCACUCCAGCGGGAGGUACUUGUACAUCAAGUUUGUGGCUGAUGGUGAACUGGAGGCCAUUGGUUUCUCUGCACGGUAUAACUUCACACAAGAUCCUGAGUUUAAAGCCCUUGGGUCUGUGCCAGCUCUACCAUUUUGUGAGUUUGAGCUGACCGGACCGGAAGGCUACAUAGAUUCAACGCAGAUAGCUAAGGAGAGCCGGGCACAGCCGACUGAAGCUGUCGACUGCAGAUGGUACAUCAGGGCUCCACCAAGAUCUAGGAUCUACAUGCGUUUUCUUGACUAUGAGAUGCAUAACUCCAAUGAGUGCAAGCGUAACUUUGUUGCCAUCUAUGAUGGCAGCAGUUCUGUUGAGCACCUAAAGAAUAAGUUCUGCUCCACUGUGGCCAACGAUGUCAUGCUGCAUACCUCUGAGGGUGUGGUGAGACUGUGGGCAGAUGAGGGGAGCAGGAAGAGCAGGUUCAAAAUCCUCUUUACAACCUUCCAUGAACCUCCGUGUGACCGAGAAACUUUCUUUUGCCAUAGCAACAUGUGCAUCAACCACACCCUGGUCUGCAACGGCAUCCAGAACUGCGUUUACCCGUGGGACGAGAAUCACUGCAAAGAGAAGAGGAAACCGAGCAUCCUGGAUAAUCUGGAUAACACCAACCUCACUAUCAUUGGAGUAACCUGCGGUCUGGUUGUCAUCCUGCUCAUCAUCUCUGUCAUCAUCCAGGUCAAACAGCCUCGCAAGAAAUACAUCAUCCGCAGAGAUGACUUUGAUCCUGCCCUCCUCCACCCCGGUUUCGAGCCUCCUCACUACGAACUCUGCACUCUGCGCCGAGCCCCAUCUGGUGAUCUGACUGAUCCCACCCUGGCUGAGGACUUCGAGAAGUUCCACAAGCUCCGACGCUCCGAAAGCAAAUGCAUCCGCGACCACCACUGCGGCUCUCAGCAGGGCAGCGUCCACGGUAGCCGCAGCAACUUGAGCGUGAGGGACGCCACCAUUGCGCCUGAUGGUGGGGCUCUUGUGCCCCAGCUGCAGCCAGUGAUGGUGAGCCAGCAGUCGCCCCGACUCUCUCACCACAACACGCCGACAAGUCGACGGAGCAUCGUGGUGAUGAAGCACAGCUACUCACAGGAUGGGGCGGGAGGUUACAGGCCGGAGGAAGAGGACGAUGAUUUAAUGAUGGAUGAUGGUCCCACUACCAGCCAGCACCACAUGCACCAUCAUCCAAUCCACCACGGCCCAUUAGGGCUUGACCACACUGUCCAUCGUACUCUGUCUAAUGACUUCUAGUUAAAACAACAACAACAAAUGUUCCAAAUGAAACUGCAGAAAAAUGUUGCAAAUACAGGUGGCCAGGAGGAGUCUGCAUAACGUAAAGUUCACAAAAAGUGACAGAAUUUUUUUUACCGAGUGUGGUUAGUACAGUUUCUUUUUCUCAAAUACUCCAACUAAAAUGAAAUCUAAGUUCCAAAAGUGUUUUUUUUUUUUAUAUAGUAAUUCCCCGGCCAAAGAGUUUAGGAGCUUUCCUGAAUAUUACACUGCUUUGUCAGUGUAAUUCACAAGAGACGGAUCAGAGGAUUUAAACAAAUAGAUACCAAGAUUAAUGCCCCUUUUUGCUGGGUCACAGUUCCCUUUUUCCCUUUUGUCGUUCCUUGUUGUGUUUAAAGUUUCAACUCUGGGCUGGAAUAUGUCAGAUGGAUGACUGAAUCAUAUUUGAAAUAAUUUUAUUAAUGAAUCAUUUGAAUGUUUGGAGUGUUUCCAAUGUUUGAAAUUGUCUGCACUACCAAAGCAAGAAAAUGCAAUUGUAUCAUAUAUCAUCCUAUUUUCACGUCACAUUGUGGCUGAUUUAUUUCUUUUUAUUUAUUGAAUUAAACAUUUACCCUCUACUUGAAUUUGACCAUGGCA